CAGUUCCGGCCGGACCCGGCCUGACCUCUGCUUGACCCCGGCGAGCGCGCAGCUGUACGAGAAGGACCAGCCGGCGAGCGCUGCCCCAGGGAACGCGAGGGGCAUGUUUGCGGCUGCGAUGGCCCCCCAGCUGGCGCUGUCCCUCCGGCGGCUGGCCUGUGCCUUGGCGUCCUGCAGGCCAGCUCGGCUGAGCCGCAGAGGACGCGGCCUCCUGCACACGGCGCCCGCGGUCUGCACGGACAGGGCCGCGCCGGUGUUCGCCCGCGCGCUGGCCUUCGCGGACAGAGUCGCCGUGGUUGACCGGCACGGCAGCCACACGUACGGGGACCUGUACCGGCGCAGCCUGCGCCUGUCCCGCGAGAUCUGCGAGCUGCGCGGCUGUGCGGGCGGGGACCUCCGCGAGGAGAGGGUCGCCUUCCUGUGCUCCAACGACGUGUCCUACGUGGUCGCGCAGUGGGCCUCGUGGAUGAGCGGCGGCGUCGCCGUGCCCCUCUACCGCAAGCACCCCGAGGCCCAGCUGGAGUAUUUCAUCCGGGACUCCCGGAGCUCGGUGGUCCUGGCCGGCCCGGAGCACGUGGGGCGCCUGAGCCCGCUGGUGGGGAGGCUGGGGGUCCCGCUGCUGCCGCUCACGCCCGCGGUCUACGAGGGCGCGGCAGGGGAGCCCGCAGCGGCGCCGGCGCGGGAGCAGGAGUGGCGGGACCGGGGCGCCAUGCUCAUCUACACCAGCGGCAGCACGGGCAGGCCCAAGGGCGUGCUGAGCACCCACCGCAACGUCGCGGCCGUGGUGACCGGGCUGGUCCACAAGUGGGCGUGGACGAAGGACGACGUGAUCCUCCAUGUGCUCCCGCUGCACCACGUCCACGGCGUGGUCAACAAGCUGCUCUGCCCGCUCUGGGUGGGCGCGACCUGCGUGAUGCUGCCCGAGUUCAGCGCCCAGCAGGUUUGGGAAAAGUUCUUAAGUUCUGAAACUCCACGGAUUAAUGUAUUUAUGGCCGUGCCUACAAUAUACGCCAAACUGAUGGAUUACUAUGACAAACAUUUCACCCAGCCACACGUCCGAGAUUUCGUGCGUGCAGUGUGUGAAGAAAAAAUUAGGUUGAUGGUCUCGGGCUCGGCCGCCCUGCCCCUGCCCGUGCUGGAGAAGUGGAAGGGCAUCACGGGGCACACCCUGCUGGAGAGGUACGGGAUGACGGAGGUCGGCAUGGCCCUGUCUGGCCCCCUCACCGGGGCACGCCUGCCAGGUUCCGUGGGGACCCCGCUACCGGGGGUGGAGGUGCGCAUCGUGUCUGAGAACCCGCAGAAGGAAGGCAGCCCCUACGUGGUCCACGCCGAGGGCAACGAGAGGGAGACCAAGGUGACCCCGGGGUUCGAGGAGAAGGAAGGGGAGCUGCUGGUCAGGGGCCCCUCCGUGUUCCGAGAGUACUGGGACAAACCAGAAGAAACUAGAACCGCGUUCACCUCGGACGGCUGGUUCAAAACAGGGGACACGGCCGUGUUCAAGGACGGCGUGUACUGGAUCCGGGGCCGGACCUCCGUGGACAUCAUCAAGAGCGGGGGCUACAAGGUCAGCGCCCUGGAGGUGGAGCGGCACCUGCUGGGCCAUCCCAGCAUCACAGACGUGGCCGUGAUCGGAGUUCCGGAUAUGACCUGGGGCCAGCGGGUCACGGCGGUGGUGACCCUCCGGGAAGGACACUCGCUGUCCCACAGGGAGCUCAAGGAGUGGGCGAGAGGCGUCCUGGCCCCGUACGCCGUGCCCUCCGAGCUCCUGCUGGUGGAGGAGAUCCCCCGGAACCAGAUGGGCAAGGUCAACAAGCGGGACCUGGCCCGGCAGCUCUACCCUGCCUGACCCACCACAGGGCCGGCAAGGACCCAAGCAGGCACACCCUGGGCACCUGGCGCCUGGGGGCUGGCAGAGGCCCCCAGAUCAAGACCUGCCUGUCUGGGCUGGAGUCCCCGGCCCCAGGCCGACUGCCACGUUUCGAGGUGGCCCCGGCCCCCCACAG